CAUUGCUGUCCAUCUUUAUAAAAUAAGAGGCGCUUGCGGGGUGGUGACAAUACACGUCGAGAGAGAAGAGUUUUUUAUCUCAAGACUAAUGGCAUCAUCCGCACCUUCUUCCUCUGGCGGUGGCCCGGAUCCCAACUCCUCUAAUUUACGACCUCCUUCUACAACUUAUGACACCUGGUGUGGGGUCGCUCAUGGAUGCACACGGAAACUGGGAAUGAAAAUCUGUGGGUUCUUGCAACGGAACAACAGCCUGGAAGACAAAAGCCGGAUAGUGAGUUCCUUUAAGGAGCGCCAGGCCGCCAAGAACCUUCUGUCCUGUGAGAACAUUGACAGAGACCCCCGGUUCAGACGCACUGAGACAGACUUCUCGAAUCUCUAUGCAAGAGAUUUACUGCCAGCCAAAAAUGGAGAGGAGCCGACUGUGCAGUUCCUGCUUGAAGUGGUUGACAUUCUCCUGAGUUAUAUCAAGAAGACUUUUGAUCGCUCCACGAAGGUCUUGGAUUUUCAUCACCCGCACCAACUCUUGGAAGGAAUCGAAGGGUUUAAUCUGGAAUUGUCUGACCAGCCCGAGUCUCUCGAACAGAUCCUGGUGGACUGCAGAGACAGCCUGAAAUACGGAGUGAGAACAGGUCACCCGAGAUUCUUCAAUCAGCUUUCCUCCGGACUGGACAUCAUAGGUUUAGCAGGAGAAUGGCUCACGUCGACUGCCAAUACAAACAUGUUCACCUACGAAAUUGCCCCUGUGUUUGUAUUGAUGGAGCAACUUACCCUUAGAAAAAUGAGGGAAAUCAUUGGAUGGCCUAGAGGAGAUGGAGAUGGAAUAUUCUCACCAGGUGGCGCUAUAUCCAACAUGUACAGCGUAAUGGCCGCUCGCUACAAGUACUUCCCAGAUGUGAAAACCAAAGGAAUGGCUGCAGUCCCUAAACUAAUCCUGUUUACCUCAGAGCUGAGUCAUUACUCCAUAAAGAAAGCAGGAGCUGCACUUGGAUUCGGGACAGAGAACGUCAUUUUGAUAAAAACGGAUGAAAGAGGAAGAGUCAUACCGGCUGAUCUGGAAUCUAAAAUUAUUGAAGUGAAACAAAAGGGAUAUGUUCCAUUGUAUGUCAACGCCACAGCAGGAACCACUGUAUAUGGUGCUUUCGAUCCAAUUAAUGAAAUUGCCGAUAUCUGUGAAAAAUACAACUUGUGGCUCCAUGUAGAUGGAGCAUGGGGAGGUGGGCUUCUCAUGUCCAGAAAGCAUCGUCAUAAACUAAAUGGAAUUGAAAGGGCCAACUCGGUGACCUGGAAUCCUCACAAGAUGAUGGGCGUUCUGCUACAGUGCUCUGCCAUUCUUGUUCGUGAAAAGGGCAUCCUUCAAGGCUGCAAUCAGAUGUGCGCAGGGUAUCUCUUCCAGCAGGACAAGCAGUAUGAUGUUUCCUAUGACACAGGUGAUAAAGCAAUACAAUGUGGCCGCCAUGUGGACAUUUUCAAGUUCUGGCUCAUGUGGAAAGCAAAGGGUACUGUUGGUUUUGAACAGCACGUUAACAAAUGUCUGGAUUUGGCAGAGUAUCUGUACACCAAGAUAAAGAACAGGGAAGGAUACGAGAUGGUUUUCAGUGGAGAGCCUCAACAUACCAAUGUGUGCUUCUGGUACAUACCACCCAGUUUGCGUGGCAUGCCAGACUGUGAAGAAAGAAGAGAACGCCUGCACAGGGUGGCACCAAAAAUUAAGGCACGAAUGAUGGAGUGCGGCACAACUAUGGUAGGAUACCAGCCUCAGGGAGAUAAGGUCAACUUCUUCAGAAUGGUGGUCUCAAAUUCAGCAUCCACCAAGUCGGACAUUGACUUCCUCAUUGAUGAAAUUGAGAGAUUGGGAGAAGAUUUGUAAUACUUGCUGUAGCCUCUAGGAAACCAGCAUUAUACUCUUUGGUCCAAGUCUUCAAAGUGCAAUCGUCAUUUAGCCAUCGAGGCCGUGUCCUGCAAACAACUGAAAAUGUGGUGAAUGCAAUUUUAUUAUGGGCGGACUGGUAGAGGACCGAUAAUGUGGGUUUGUAUGUUUGUGUCGUCAUCUUGUAUAUUUUGCAAGACCUGUGUAGAUCUCUUUCUUAAAGGGGUUUUCUUUUUUUUCUCCUAAAAGGAGAUCUUUCAAAUGUAAUGUGUGAAGUUCGUCAACACGUGUUGAAGUUGUCCGAUUUUUAUGUAAAGCAACAUCUUUGCUGCUCUUAGAUCACAAUUUUAAUAAUACACGUAAGGUUUAAUUGCGCCAUCCUGUACCGAAAUAGGAGUAAUGCAUGUAUGCUGCUAAGAGAGAACAUGUGUGCUGUGGAAUUUCUAUCCAUCACCUCCUGACCUAACGGACCCCCCAAACCCCUUCAAACUGCUGCUCCAGUCACAGUAUUAGAGUCUGCAUUUGUUUCAUAACUGUUAUGUAUGGAAAUCUGAAGCACCAAUUUGUAUUUCUGGCUAAUUAAACAUCUCCUCCGCAUCCUGGGACAACAAAGUAACAGUCAUUGUAAAAGUUCGACUAUUGUUGUGUUUUUUUAGAGAAUUUAAUUUUGUGCAGAUUGUGUGUAUAUUUACAUGCCUUUGUGGGAAAGGGAAUACAUGUACUAGUUUUGCAGCCAGAUGUUUAAAGAGUAGAUAUAUGUAUAGGUAUAUGAUAUACUUGCUUAUUUAUAUUCCAGAAUAACUAUAGUGUUACAGAGUUGUCUAGUAUUUUGCUCCAUUUGUAAUGUAUGUUUUAUUUCUAUAGCAUUAUCAAAAUAAGGUAUUUUAGUGUAUUUGUAAGCCAAAGAAACAGAUAACUAGUGAAAAUAUAUACAGAUCUAUUUAUUCUGCUGCAACCAGAGUUACUGCUGAUUUAAUUUAUAACGUCUAAUGCUUAGAGAUCGGUUUCUUGUGCAAUUGAUAUCUUGCUGUGGGUCUAUUUCCUUGAUACUUGAGGCCUCCAUGGGGCAGAGUUCGAGCUGGAUCUGGGGCCUUUGUGGAGGACAAAUGUCUUUGUAUCAGAGCAUUUUAUGUGGAAAGAAGCACAAUAAAAAGAGGGAAUGGGGAUAUGGGGAGGGUGGGCAGUGGGUGGGUAAACAGUAAAAGACCUAUGGAAACUAGGUAGAGUAUGCAUUUGAAAUUUUAUUUUUAAUAGAAUUCUGCUUUAAUAAUAUUUUAAAUUGAACGUGGAAGCUAAGGUCUGCAUCUGCAGAGCACAAACCUGAAAGCGUACCAUGUAAUAAAGUACUGUAGUGUUUUACAGUGAUAAUAAAAUAUAUAUUUAAGACUG